UUGUGUUUCCAAGCCUGGAUUAGAGUCACAGAGCAGGCUGAUAGAUCAGCAAACCUGAGAAUCUCCAUGCUGUGCUGCAGAAUGUCAGGUGACUGUUGGAUGGGUGCCCAGCAGCAUCUGAAGGAACAGUAGGGGUGCAGGUCUGAGCAGGGUUUAUUCAUCCCACGUUUCACUGCACCUGUAAUGCUUAGUGACAGCACACAUGUCCUCCAUUUGCUGUACUUGACAUUCUUUACUUCAUGUUUUCCAAUCCCACCUUCCCUUCCAUGUUGCUUCAGUUGAAAAUAUCCCCAAGGUCUCAAGUAACCAUAUGAGUCUCGCUUGACAGCGGGACUGUGAGUACACUGCCUGGUCUAUUAGUGUUUGUGUGUGUGUAGUGCUGUUUCCCUUGUCCGUAACUUGCAACACCAUCAUUCAGAUCCAGGUGUACUGUGUCUUCCUGCUGUCUCAGCAGCCUCUUGCUGGUUGCCUUUUCCUGGGCCUCUAGUGCAUUUGAAAUGGCCCCAUUAGCAUGGCACGUUUCUUCCCUCAGACGCACCUGAAUAAUUUGCUAGUCUGACUUUAAAUUACUUUUUCCGCAUUCCUGUUGUACUGCUGUGGUCAUGUUGUGCUGUUGGUCUAUUUGGCUGCACAUGCUACUAUAGAUACCCUGUCCCUGUGAUAAGAUGGUGAGGGACACACAAGUGACAUUGCCAGAGUACAGGAGCUGCAGGUCAGACCUCCUCAUGAUGCCCGCCCACUUUUAGUAAACUAAAAAAAAAGACCUUUUCUUCAGGGUAAAUGGAAAUUAUUGCAACACUAGUCAGCAUUAGGCUUCUCAAGACUGGUGGAGUAUAUGGAUAAUGCCCCAGUAAAGCUUUGAGCGCAGUUGUUUCUCCAUCAAGCAUCCAGCCACCACGACUACCCUACCUCUCUUUAACAUGGACCGCAUCACGAUUUGCUGCCGUUGCUCCCAUCUGUUGGACCCGUACCGAGAUGCGGCAUGUCCCGCCCCCAUGGCCAGCCAUGGCUUUGAACCUAACAGGCUUGGCCAGCGAGGCGUUCGCAGGCCAUGCUGUUGUGAAGCAUGAAUGCACUCAAGGCACUGAGGAUAAAACCAGGAACAUUGAUGGCUGGAUCUCGAGAUCAAAUGGUCUUCUAAAGAAGCCAUGGGUAGCUGUUGUAGCUGUCCAGAUAAAGAAUCAAUCCCAGAUAACCAUCAAACCAAGUUUAAGGUGAUCAACGUGGAUGACGAUGGGAAUGAGCUGGGCUCGGGCAUCAUGGAGCUGACGGAGGAGGAGCUCAUCCUGCACACGCACAAGCGCCAUGCCGUCCGCUGGCCCUACCUAUGCCUGCGUCGAUAUGGUUAUGACUCCAACCUCUUCUCCUUCGAAAGUGGCCGGCGUUGCCAGACCGGGCAAGGCAUCUUUGCCUUCAAGUGCGCCCGAGCAGAGGAAAUCUUCAACAUGCUGCAGGACGUCAUGCACAACAACAGCAUCAGCGUGGUGGAGGAGCCCGUGCUGGAGGCCAACCACAGCCACGUGGAGCCGGACCUUCCUCGCACGCCACGCACACCCACCACUCCAGGCUACACCGGCCCAGCACUGCCCAAUGGUGUUCCCCAUCCUCGCUACCCCUCGUUUGGGGAAGGCUCCUCGCGCCCCUCCAGCCGACACCCGUCAGUGGGCAGUGCCCGCCUGCCGUCAGUAGGUGAGGAGUCCACACACCCUCUACUGGUGGCCGAUGAGCCGAUUCACACCUAUGUGAACACAUCUGGUGUCCAGGACGAACGUAGUGCCCACAAGAGCAGCCAGGGCCCCACGGAGCCACGGCUCUCCCUCACAGAGAGCAUGGCCCCCCCAGAGGAACCAGAGCCACGGGUGCUGCUGGAGCCAGAGGGGGUCAAGUUUGUGCUGGGCCCCACCCCUGUGCAGAAGCAGCUCAUGGCCAAGCAGCAGCAGCGGGUGGCAGGUGACGGGGAGCAGAAGGGUGGGGAGCCGGCACCACCAGUGCCGCCACCACCCCUUGGAGGAAUCAACGGCGGUGUGGUCCCCGGAAACCCCGUCGACUGUGACACGGGUUAUGACAGCGACGAACGGAAGGAGACCCCGCCGGUGGCUAAGCCAGCCUACGAGCACUUCAACGGCACUGCCUCUGGCCCCGCCCCCCGCCGCAGCCGGCCGCCCAUGCCCCUCCCGGAUGCGCAGAACGUCAACAACUCGGCACAGCGGAGGACGGCACUGCUCAACUAUGAGAACCUGCCUGCGCUGCCCCCUGUGUGGGAGGCGCCCAAGCCCAGCUCAGAGGGUGAGGAGGAUGAGGAGGAAGAAGAGGAGGCCUUCGCACCAAAGACGCCGUCCCUCAACGGCUACCACCAGCAUUCCAGCCUGGACCCAAUGCACAACUAUGUGAACACAGAGAAUGUAACAGUCCCGCUCAGCGCCCACAAGCUGGACUCGGGUCGCCAGCGGGACAGCUCCGCCCCCACCGUGUUCAACUUUGACCUCCGGCGACCCGGGCCUGAGGCGCCGCGGCAGCUCAACUACAUUGAGGUGGAGAUGGAGAGGGGCUCGGACUCAAGCAACCCCCAGACCCCCAAGACCCCCACCACGCCCCUCCCACAGACCCCCACCCGCCGGACAGAGCUGUACGCGGUCAUCGACAUUGAGCGUACGGCCGCCAUGUCCAUCCUGCAGAAAGCACUGCCCCGCGACGAUGGCACUGCCAGGAAGACGCGGCACAAUAGUACUGACUUGCCCAUGUGAGCCUAAGGAAGCGCACUGUGUAACACUGCACCUUCAUCCUCUGUCCGUACGAUCGGAGUGAACCUUCUAAAGGCACAAGGGCUUCGUUACAGUUAGCGGUUUUCUGUGUUUUUUUUUUUUUUUUUUUAACUUGUCUUCAGACAAACAAAACACCCCUCACAGGCAACAGCCAGGUUUAGUGAGUUGUCAAUUUCUUACUUGUACUUAUCUGAAAGGUAGUUAAGCCAGAGCAGGUACAUGAUGUGUACGUCCUCCCUCUCACCCCACAAAAAAUUUUGCUGCCACUUCUUAUUAAAUAUGGUCAUUUCCCACUCCUCGUAUUCACUAAGAAACAUUCCUUGUCCGUUUCCCUGCGGUACGAAUCGGUGAUUGCUGAUGAGUCAUUCCAAGUGUGAAUUUCGAUACCUGGAAAUCGCAUGUACACUACAGUCACUUUGCCACUACAUUAAAUAUGCCUUUUAUUAUUUAACAAUUAAAAGCUCUGUUAGAGCGCAGUCUGGUUGUACUUAAAGUACCUUAGUACCUUUUUGUCAAUUUGCAUGUAAGCUGAACACACGUGCUUUAAGUUGUUUGAAUUGACUUGUUGCUUUUCCAUAAGUACGAAGUGAUUUUUAUUCUUCCAGAAUCUAUCUGCAGGUCGAUGGAUGUUGUCAUGGUACGGUCAAGUGUCCUUAAGGCGAACGCAGAAAUGAUAAACAAAGCUGUAUACCACGAAAAAGUGUUCCUUUGUCAUAAGGAGUCCAGCUUUCUGCCAUUUACCUUUUCUCAUUGUAUUAUAUUGUAAAAUUUAUAUGUUCUAACUUGCAUUAUAAAAUAGUUUUUUCUACCUACCUUAAUGCUUAAAUAUAGGAAUUGUAUAAAAGUAGUUUAAUAGAUUUGUUUAUUAAACCAAUAAAAUUGUAGUGGAAGAAAAUGAAAUCCCCCUUGCCAAACUUUUUCCUGGAUUUUUUUUUUUUUUUUUUUUAAGUUGAACCUAAGGGUUAAUUACUGAUGUAAACAUUCCUUUUUUAUUAUUUUUUAUUUUGGGUAUUCUACUUAAAAUUAUAAAACACUAUGCAGCAAAAAGCUCACAGCUGUGCCAUGUGCCACAAUGUAUGGACAUUUUAUUGAAAUUUAUAUUGAUAUUUGCAUUUUUCAGGUAUGAAUUAGUUUACCAAAAUGUUUGUAUUUUUAAGACAGGAAAAAAAACAUACUGUGUAUUUUGUGAUAUCUGCAUUUUCUCAUAUGCCAUCAUUGCCAACACAUUUUUGUAGCAUGGCAACAAUAAAAACAAGAAAAACUUGUA